AUGACCAAUGAGUUCAAGAUCACAACAUUCUCGCUGAAUAAAAACACCAAGUCCGCCAAGGCUUGCCGAAAGUGCCGCGGCGGCCACAAAAAGUGUUUUUUCAGCGAGGAGCUGGACUCCUGCGAGCAGUGCUACAAGUCCAACGACGCCUGUGAUCUUUCCAAAGCUAGCAAGAAACGCAAAACAGCGGCCGCUUCCACCAGUUCUCCGUCCAGCGUAUUUGGGAACGACCGCAUAUACGCGAACGCGAUCAAGAACUCGGAAAACAAGUUCCAAUUCAUCAACACGGCGCACCCGCUUGCUCCUCUUUUCAGCAACGACUCGUUUCUCACUCUUUCAGACGGAGAGUUUUUCAAUUUAUAUUUUCCCUGGCGAGACCUGUUUCUGCCCGCUCGUGACCAGUACACGCGACCCCUGAACGUUGACGAGGAGCUGCUGGAGUAUGUUGAGAUGAAAGGCGCCUUCAAAAUGCCCCCAAUCGAGACGCAGCGCAGAUACGUCAUGUUGUACCUCGAUAACCUGUAUCCUCUGUAUCCAGUGGUGGAUAGAGAUAUUAUUGACCAUUUGGACACAACGCCGCCGCUUUUGCUGAGCGCAAUGAUGAUGUGUGGCGUCAGAUACGAUUCCAGCCUGAAGCCUGCCGAGAUCCGACAAACGGCCGAGCAAUUGCGCCGCAAGUGCGAGCUGCUCAAGUUGUGCGAACUCAACAAGAUCACGCUGAUCCAGGGAUUUUUGCUGAUGAGCAACCAGGAGGAGUCGCCAACAGGACCGCAAGUUGCGCGCGAGUAUGUUUCCCGGGCAUGUAUAUUGAUCACAGACCUGGCGUUGCACAACAACGCAGCACGGAACCAGCUAUCCAAACUGGAGACAAACACGCUUGACCACAGCACAGGAUCCAUUUUCUUUAGGCUGUCGCACAAGGUGUCGCUGCUUACACGGCUGUUCUGGACGUCUUUCUGUCUGGACAGGGCGCUGACCAUCACCUCGUGUGCUACCAUGUUCUACAACACCUUAGACCUAGCAGUAGACACAGUGAAGCUUGAGGAUUUUGACGGCAACAACAGGGACUUCGAGAUAUUCCGUCGCUGGUACCAGAUAUGCGACCUGCUAGAGCGCAUUCUUGUGUGCAGAUACCGUCCGCCGGGCAACCGCUCGCUGGAUCUAAAUCUCGAAAGAGAUAUCUUAAGUCUGUGCAACAGAGGUGUCGACGACGAAGCCAGCAAGCUGAUCGGCGACACAUACACGCGGUUCCUGAAGACCUGCGGCGAUUUUUGCGGAAUCAUGUACCUGCGCUCCAAAGUCGACUUUGUCAGCAUCUUGGAAGACGAGGUGGAAGGACAGCAGUUGCUCCACACAGACUCGCCGUUGUCAGACAACAAGAUGCACUAUCUUUCGCGUUUUGCGAGAAACAUCAUAGACCAGAGCAAGGGAGAGCAAGUGCAGCAGAUCAUGAUGGUACACGCGGUUCUCCACGUGAUGGUGCUUCUGUACUUGGAAAUCGAAGCUAGGCAGCAGGUGCAGAUCACGUCACAUGACCCGCUCACCGUGCUCAACUACAAAAGAACGCUUCUCAACCACUGUCUCUCGUUUUUGGACCAGAACGGCUGCAAAUGGUUUUUCAGCGCUGCGUGCUACCAUCUGUUCGUGGACCUUAUUUCCUCGCCCAGAAAAAAUAUAAAAAGCUCGCAGGAUCUCCUGUCUCUGCUGUUUGACAGCAAUUUGGCAUAA